GGGUAGUCAGGAGUCCGGAGUCGUGCGCCGAAGUCAGAACUGCGUCUCGCAACCCAGGCGCCGGUUGCUGAAGGAGAGUGAGCGAGCGAGCGAUGCUGCCGCCGCCGCUUCCUGAUUGGCUGUGGGUGGCUACCUCUUCGUUCUGAUUGGCAGCUAGUGAGCAGGACAAUGCUGAGCAAGGGUCUGAAGCGAAAACGGGAGGAGGAGGAGGAGGAGGAGGAGAAGGAAUCUCUGGCAGUUGACGCCUGGUGGCUGGAUCCUGGCCACCCAGCAGUGGCACCAGCAUCCCCAGCUGUGGCUUCCAGCUCCCUCUUUGACCUCUCGGUGCUCAAGCUCCACCAUAGCCUGCGGCAGAGUGAGCCGGACCUACGGCACCUGGUGCUGGUGGUGAAUACACUUCGUCGCAUCCAAGCGUCCAUGGCACCCACAGCUGCCCUGCCACCUGUGCCCAACCCGCCUGCAGCUCCCAGCAUGGCUGACAACCUGCUGGCGAGCUCGGAUGCUGCCCUCUCAGCCUCCAUGGCCAGCCUCCUGGAGGACCUCAGUCACAUCGAGGGCUUAAGCCAGGCCCCCCAACCCCUGGCAGAUGAGGGGCCACCAGGCCGUACGACUGGGGGAGCCCCACCCGGCCUGGGUGCCUUGGACCUGCUGGGACCAGCCACUGGCUGUCUGCUGGACGAUGGGCUCGAGGGCCUGUUUGAGGACAUUGAUACCUCCAUGUAUGACAGUGAACUUUGGGCACCAGCCUCCGAGGGCCUCAAACCAGGCCCUGAGGACGGGCCAGGCAAGGAGGAAGCUCCGGAGCUGGAUGAGGCUGAGCUGGACUACCUCAUGGACGUGCUAGUGGGCACUCAGGCACUGGAACGGCCACCAGGGCCAGGCCGCUGACCCUGAGGGCUGAGAUGGUCGUCUAGUAUCCGAACUGAGCCUGGUGGCUGGACCACUCUCCUUAGAAAGACACAGCUGGCUUCCCUAGUACAAAGAACGAGGCAUGGGCUACUUUGGAGAGACAGAAUCCAGUCCCGGGCAACUUCACAUCCGUCCUCUUGUCUUGGGGCUGGUGGGGGAGUCUGGGAUUGGCCCCUAGUGAUGGAAUGACAGGUCUGGUGGCUGGAAUGUGAUUGCCCAGGCCAUGUGCUGGACUGAAUCUCUUGGGGUCAUAUCCUGGGCUGUUCCUUCCCUGAUAUAGGGAAGAGACCCCAAUCAGUUUUUUCAAAUUAAAACCAGCCCUGGGAAACAA